AGUUGUACCGCUGUACUGGAGUGAAAAACUCAUACAGGAAACAUAAGCAAGUGCAAACGCAAUGGCCUCAUACGCAAAAGCAAACAUAUUCUACAUUUCAGUCGGGUUUUGGCUCAUUUCAGGUGUUGAAUGCUACAGCGGUUGGUUAAACCAUGUAUUAACUGUUCAGACUGGAGGAUCUGUCACCAUCCCAUGUCAUUAUGACAAGAAAUACACACAGCAGAAGAAAUACUGGUUCUCAGAGAUUGAUAAAUCUAAUACAUACACAAACACAACAGAGGAGAAUCUGUCAGUAAUUGAUCAUCCUGAUCAGAGUCUCUUUACUGUGACUAUGAGAAACCUGCACAACAAACAGACUGGAGAUUAUUAUUGUGUUGUGGAGACUGGAGAACAAUCACCGAUAAAUAUAACAUAUGAGCCGUAUCUCAAGAUUCAAUCUGCUCCUGAUGUGUCUGUGGUGAACAGCAGUGUAUCUGGACGUGAAGGUGAUAAUAUCAGUGUUCAGUGUCUCUACAGUUCUGAAUAUCAGAAUGAAGUCAAACAGUGGUGCAGAUAUAAAGAUCAGAGCUGUUACACAGUGGGGAGGACUAACACAUCCCAGAAUCCAUCAGUCCAGAUCAGUGAUGAUGAUGGGGGAAGUUCCUUCACUGUGCUGAUGACUGGACUGAGACCGACUGAUUCUGGCUGGUACUUCUGCUCUGCUGGAGAGGCACUGAAUCCUGUUCAACUCACUGUAAUAGAAGAAGAAAGUGUGAACACAGACAUUGGCGCUGAGAAGGACAAAUGGCGUUUCUGUCUGUCACAGAACUUUUCACCACAUCAAACUGAAAGAUCAGAUGAUUAGAAAUCUGUUGAUAAAAAGAUUUAUGUUCUGCUCUUCAGCGUGUAUAUGUGUGAAUGCAUUAGAUGUCUACAUUUUCUAAAUGCUUGGGUAAAUGUAUUUAAAUAUAUAUAUAUUUUUAAUCCUAACAACUUACAAAUGAGCAAUAUACCAAAUAAAGCUACACAAUUUUAGAAAAAGGUGUUUUUAUUAUUAUUUAGCCCUCAUCUUUUAUAGCCUAUCAGUAGAUUUUUUGAUUACCUCGACCUCAUAUACAUAUACUCUUUUUACUAAAUGUAGUGGAGUAAAAAAUAAAAUAACACACUUUUGAAUAUUUGGACGUAAAAGUCAAAUUUGACACCCGCUUCGGAUGUUAUCACUCUUAUUGAAUAAGCGUUAUCAGUGGAUAUCAGCUUAUAGAUAUAGGCCAGAAGAGGUCUGCUGCGCCUACUGGUAGGCUCAGAAGGCUGUUAUCAUUGAUCCACAUGGUUA